AUGGACUUUCUAGCCUCAAUUGCUCCACCUGUAGUGAGUCAACCCCAGGCCUUUUCUGAUACCAUGUUGGACCCUGCCUCAAGAGGCAUAAUGGCUGGACUAACCACUGCGCACAUGAGUGGUACAACUCUGCAAAGUGUUGUUAGACAAAGCGCUGAUCAGCUACAACGUACAGUACAGGGCCAGUUUGUUUCUCUGAAGGUCAGGAAUACUUUGACAACUGCCUUAGUAGUGUUUACAAUAGGCCAUUCACACUUAUUUGUCAUCUCACAAAGUACUGCAGCUAUAAGAAAUGAGAAUGCACAUAAUUUGGUACAAAUUAGUGUUUUUGUUGUUUAAACCAAACUAGAAUUACUAAAUUUCGGUAGUUUUAGUAAAGAGAAAAUGUGAUUUUGGAAGUAGCAUAUUUUCCAUUAUAUAUUGUACUAUCUUUUUCACAAAUGUUUAAAUUCUGGCAUAGGUGAAAAAAGGAGAUCAGUUCUUUACUGCCACCCUGCCUGAUAUUUAGUUCGAUUCCCUAGUUUAAUUAUUAAAUAAUUGCUAAUUAUUUAUAAAUAAAUUUUAAUUAUUAUUAUUUUUUGAAAUUCAGGACAUCUGUAAGUUAUAGAUGGUCACAUGUCUGUCAGUUUCUAAUUUAAAGUCACAGUCGUUUUCUUGUUUUAUGUUAUCUUUUUUCUACUCUUUCUUAUUUCUUUUAUUUCUUGACAAUCUCAUUGGGAACAUGCCCAUUGCCUGCAAACAGCAGACGUAUUUCAGGUUAUGGCUUCUCUCCCUUCGAAACAAGAGCCGAAAAAUGCGUCUGCUCCCCGCAGGCUACCCUGCCUACUAGUACAAUCAUGAACAAAAGUCUUGGGACACUUUCGCGUUUAUGGGGCGUUUUCCAAUUCACACAGGUCCAACCCCACCGCUCACCCCACAAACAAUGUUGGACGCGUGUAUCCAGAAUUUUUUUUUCCGCGUUUUAACUUUGUAUAAGGUGGGGGGAGGGAGAACUGCAAGAAAAUUUCGAAAAGGAUGCACUGUUUUAAGAGGGAACCGAGAAAUGACAGAAAAAUAUGAAUAUGACUUUUGUCCAGGAUUGUAGGUAUCUCGGUUAUUUUAUAAUCCAAGUUUUCUUGCUCUCGCUUUCUCUCAUAGGGUAAUAUGAGUUACAGAGAUCUCUUGGCAGGGCUCAUCUAUGAAGGUGAAAGUUUUCAAGCCUUGAACAACUUCACAUUUAUGAACUACACCAACGUACAAUUCUGCGAUGACGCUGGUUUACCAUUGACGCAGCGUAGCGGAGGGAUUUGUCUUUUGACAAACAAAAGGAUUCUGUUCUUAUCCUCACAGCUUACAGUUGGUGAGUACAACUCCCUUUAAUUCUGAUCAGACAUUUGGGUUUCAUCUUUAGUUCUGGGCCAUCAACAUUAGGCCAAGAAUCGCCGUCAUGUUAAUCAAUUGUCCUUUCUCUUGUAUGAUGCUAGAAAUCAGUGUACAGAAUGAUUCAAACGCACAAAUGGUUUUUGGUAAGGUUGUUUGGUAACAAUGCGGAAAUCUCAGACACUUUCAUUUACAUCUAAGAAUGGUCAACAUUUUAUUGGUGCAUCUUUGAUGUCGCCGCUAGAGUCUUUGAUUGGAAAUGAAAAUCUGCCCUCGAUUGCUGCCGGAUUUAAAUUAGCCGGCUGUGAUAAUCCCGGUAAAACCAAGCAGUUUCGUUGUUGAAGAUUUCACCAGAUUUCCGAAUAAGCCGAUGUACUAUAAAUUGAGGCAAUGAAAGCAUGUAUGUCUCUUUUUUUAAAUUAGUAGGUAUGCUAUUUUUUUUGGACAUAAUCAAAUAAAACCGUCAGUAUUUACGAAGAACUACGCUAGGGCCCAGGUAGGAUGUAAAUAUCAGUGCUUUUGUCAGUGCAGUACUUUUUCAUUUUUUUUUACUUUGGCGUUUGGAUAAAAUACUAUAUGAACAUCACAAUUAGCAUCCUUGGCUUGUGUGUCAUUGUUCAAGGGUGGGUCACGUUACUCUGGAAAAAUUUAUCUUAUUCACUUGCAGAUGUCCGCAUAAGUUCCGAAAAGAGAAAAGAGGUAAAAUCUUUCAUGAAGAAUAUCACAUAGUAUGACCUGCACUGGUCGGACAACAAAACAUACAAGCUGAGGAGGAUAUUGAUCAAAGCCGGUCAAGACAGAUUAAGGAAGCGAAUAGUAAAAUACCAAAUUUUAUUUUCAGUUGACUGUAACUCUCUGUUGAUACCUGUCAGGUACGUCCUUGGCUCAAUGGGGCAAUCCAAAGAAACUGCCAGGAGGGUACUCUCUUACGUCAUCAUGUAAUGACACCACCUACUACCUACCCAUACCCCUGCGCUGUUUACGCAGUGUGGAGAUGUCUGGGGAGACCGGAGUCCGGGCAGAUUUAUCAAUUCAUGGCGUUGCACCUUGUUGCUGUGGAUGGUGUGGCUUGUGCGGGGUAUGCAAUUACAUUUGCUUUAAAUAUCUUAUCUACAGUUAAAAAUACCUUAGUAUAAGGAAUUAACGCUGAAUGAAAUAAACCCGAAGUUAAAAUCGUUUGCAUUCCUGUCAGGUUCGUUAAUUUUUGUGGGAAUUAAUUUGCACUACACCAGUUUAUUGAUACUUAAAUUUACCUUAUUUUACCAAAAAAAUUCUGGAUCCAGUUAGAUGGGAUUGGUGAAAUGAAAGGUUACCUUAGUUUUGCUUCCAACAAAAGAGGAAAGACUAUUAUUUUCAUCAGGAAAAAGUGGUUCUUUAUAUUAAUUACGUUACGUUACUUUACCUCACGUUACGUUGAAAUACUACCAUCUUCGCGAUCUAUUUCUUUUUGGGGGAAGUAUUCUUUUUUUCAAUUAGCGGCCGCAAUCGUCGAGUUAUUACAAACGAUAAUCCAUAAGGCGAUAAGGCUUACUUACUAACUUACACUAAGGUGGUUUAUUAUUCGACAGAGCAGGCUCAGUGGCGGAUCUAGAGCUUCAGAUAAAGGAGGGGGGCGGCGGUCAUCCAGACCCUGAGAUAAGUGGGGGGUGGUCACCAAAAAACUUUUUUGCGGCCCUUCGAGCCUCAGUUUGGUCUACAAAUAAGUGUGUGUGGGGGGUGGGGUGGGGGAUCCGCCACUGUAACUGCCAGACCUGGUUAUUAAUUUGUAACAAAAAAAAACUGCCCAGUCAGAUCACUCUAUUCCUAAAUAUUAAAUAUUAAGCAAGAACCCUUAAGGAGCACAGUUUUCAUUUGCACUCACUUGUUUUGCAAGGACAGGGCAAUAAAAGCGCAAUUUAAAAAAUUUGGUCUGUUAUGCUAAAAAGAGAUGAAAUUUGGCGAAAAUGGCGGUGAGUAUUUCAUUUCAGUCAAGUGUGGUUUUUAAAAUUGUAACUCAAAAUACACUGUUUUGUAGUUGUGGGGAUGCUGUGCAGACUCUGGUGCUUUAAAGCAAUGGAGGCCACAGCCAAUGAAUCGCAGUCAAGUGCAAGAGAUGUUCGUCACUGUUGGACUUUUGAUGCCACCAUGGGAUCGCAAGAUGUUUCUCAAAAUUUAUAUUGAUCCAAAUGUCCCUCUUCCGGUGACCAGAGAUUUUGUUGCUUUACUCCAAAAGAAUUCACCCGGCUUGUGUUAG